UCCGGCCGGGCCCCGCGGGGGCGGGGGCAUAAAAGAGGCCGGCCCGGGCCCAGAGGGAGGCAGAAACGACCCGCUGACCCACCGACCCACCCCGCAGAGAGCCCGCGCCCGGCCGCCCCUGGAUCCUCCCACUCCGCUGACCGGCGCUGGAGCCGCAGAACCUCUUCCGUGGGGGAUGACCAUGUUGGCGCUGGCGGCCGUGAGCGUGUCCGUCCUGCUGCUCCUGCCCCCGGCCUCCGGCUCUCCGCUGACCCUCGCCUGGGAAGCCUCGCCGGUCCCGGUUCCUGUCCCGGCCCCGUCCCGCCGUGGGUGGAGCGACUCCUCGAGUCCGGCGGGUGUCAGGGCGGGCUGGGGGCGGGAGAGGAGGCCCAACGCGCUGGACCUGUCCUUCCACCUGCUGCGGGAGCUCCUCCACCGGGCCCGGGAGGAGCAGCUGGCUCGAAAGGCGCACGGCAACCGCCGGAGGCUCCAGGCCCUGGGCUAGGACUCGCCAGGGACGCGCGCCGGGACGGGGUGGAAAGGGAUGGGAAGGGACGGGACGGCACGCACCCCAGGGAGCCAGGGAAAGGAGUCAGGAAGGGACGGGAUGGGAAGGGACGGGAUGGGAAGGGACGGGAAGCAGCCCAGGGAGCCAGGGAAGGGACGCAGCCCAGGGAGCCAGGGAAGGGACGGGACGGGACACAGCCCAGGGAGCCACGUAAGGGACGGGAAGGGAAGGGACGCAGCCCAGGGAGCCA